GUCUGGCUCUGCCAUCAACUUCGUUCAGCUACUUAUCGAUUAUCAAUUGUGGACCUUGACUUGAAAUAUUCAACAAUGGUGUUUUGCCAGUUUAAAAGCUAGCACAGGUUUGCGUAUUCUGAUUCUCAACUCACUUUCCUUUCUAUCUCAGCAUCCUUAGGCCUCAUCAUCAUGGUCGACAAUGCUGGCCCCACCGUACACAAGAUACCUCCCCGUAACUCCGCCUUGUCUGCCCACUCGGAGGCUGGACUCAAGUCCACCUCACUCGCAGUCGGUUCCGCCGUUGUCAGCGAACAUAUCAGUACUGUUGGCGUUGAAGUCAAUAAUGUCCGUCCAUGGAUCGCGAGGGACGUCCAAAACUGGGAGAAGUGUGAGGCAGGUAUGAUGCUGCAAGAACCCCUCGCAAGAUGCACAGGUUCUUCUCAAUACCUUUCUGUCAGCGAGAAAUCAAAGCUACUCGACUUCGUUCGGGACCUUCCACGCUGGUUUGUCUUGCUUCUCGUCACGCAGCGGAUGGGAUACGAACAGUGGGGCCUUAACCGCGUGUUUGUGCCUGAGCCCAGAUUUUCGGGAAAGGUGAUGAUUGAGGAUACCCAAAUCGACCUUGAGUUGGAUGUGAAGUCCAAGGAUAAAGAGCAAGGCACUAUCAUGUCUGCAGCCGGAUCCCUAUUUUCUCAACGAAUCACCUGAACUGGUGGCCAAGCUCUAUUGGCCAGAAGAAACGCGUCAGAGCGAGCUAGACAUCAUCCUCAACGAGGUCUACAAGAUUGCACAGACAGAUCCGGAUGUGCGAGGCCACGUCCUAGAGUUGGCCUUGUUCCACAAGUUUAAAGAUAUAUCCACGUCCAAAAUCAGAGUCGCACUAGGACUGA